AUACCUUGCUUUGGGACUUUUCAUCCCACUUAACGUCUCCAAAUAUAUUACAAAUUCCUUUUUAAAAACCACUAAUCGUGGAGAAGUUUUGAAAAAUUUACAUUUUUUAUUUUAAAAUUUCAGCAAAAGCAACAAAUUAUUUAUUACAUAAGAUAUUUUUAUCCUUAACAAACCAAACUUAAUUUCCCAUGAGAGGAUCAGUCUUACAGGUAUUCUUUGUUGUAUCCAGCUGAAUGCAUCAUUCCAGAAUGUUUGUACCAAAUUACACUGAAAAAAACAAGUGUUCAACUGUUUCUAUGUCCAAUUUGCAUAACUGGCAUAUAUUUGAGUCCCCAAUAUUAAAUCUUACUCUUAAAAAUUAUUUUGCAGGGUAAAUGUGAUUCAUAAUUUUAAAGUGCACCUCUUUACAUUUAGGGUUGACAGGAAAUGUAAGAAAAUUAGUUCUAAUUUCAGACAGUCUUUUCUUAUCAAGCAGUUCAGAAAGUCGAAUACUUCUUUGGGCCGCAUUCAAAACUUUUUUUUUUUUAUUAUAGAAAACGUUUUUACGUUUUUUACAUUCUUGUAUCUGUGAUUCAUACCUGAUUUUUGAAUGGAACUCCACCUGCAAUCUCUAUAAAAAUAUAGUUUUUACAAAUCCUGUAAUCACAAACAAAUGCAAAUGGUCUAACCUGACAAGCUUAGAGAAAAAUUACAGAUAGCUGGUGACAAAAGCCGUGUGCGUGACACCCCAUCAGCGCUCUGGAUAAAAAUGUGCAUCCGUAUAAUCACUCUGAGAAACUUUAAUAGCCAUUGAAUUGAAAAUACACAGUGACGAGGCAAUUGCAACAGUUUAAACCGGCCACUUUCACCUCACCAAGAGUCAAUAUGUGACCCUGGCUGUGAAAACCCAGCUAAAGUCAUUUUUUUACUGUUUACUACAUAAAACCAUCCUUCAUAAGGUAAAGAACAUUCUGUGAAAUGUAACCUUUAUAUCUUUAAUAUUGACUGAGUAAGGCCAUGUCAAAGUGUGAAAUUAAUGGUUGAAAUCAAACUUUGAUGCUUGUUAUCUCAUAAUUAGAUUUUGAGACUUUAGCCUGGAUUUCACAGAGAGGGUCACAUAUAUUUGUACAUUAUUUUAUUACAGGUAAACAUAUGACACGCAUAACGCAAGGUGUUUAAAGUUCAAAGCCCAAACAGCCUUUGUUACUUAAACAGAAAAUCACCAAUAAAACAUACCAUAUAGCUACCAUAGUGUUGAAUUGGACAGGGAAAAAAUUGCAUGUUUUUGAAUGUAUGCGUCCCCCUUGUGAAUUUUGGUUUGUGUUAUUAUCGAAAUAACAUACACUAAAACCAAACAAUCAUAAAAAGCGCUUAUCCCAUUUCUAUGACAAACCGGUUCGCUGAGCCCUCUCGUGGCCAAUUACGUCACUGCAUGCGCUUUCAUCCCUGACUCGACCAAUGAGCGCGGCGCCUCGGAAGCCCUUCUCUUCCUGAUGGCAUGGAAACAGGGGAAGAAAAAUCGAGGUCAAAAUAUUUUGACACGUGACUCGGUAGCGAUUGGUUAUCGAUGCGUCAAGACCCUGACACAUGGCACGGGCAUAUGCGACCAAAGUGGCGUGAUGAAGGAUCAUCUUUAUGGCAGAAAACCCCUACGUGCUUUUCGGUUGUCUGUGUCUGUAACCCAUGACUAGUUGUAAACGAAAAUCACUUCGUUAUUGUAGCUCAGUGAAUAGGUGAAUUAGGCGUUUAUGUGGGUAGAUGAUGGGUAACGCCAGUAUUGACGUAAUCUGUAAAGAAACGCUGAUCUAGGAGAGAGAUACGAUGGAGCUCUUGGAGGAGGACCUCACAUGCCCAAUAUGCUGCUGUCUUUUCGAGGACCCGCGCGUUCUGCCAUGUUCUCAUAGCUUCUGCAAGAAGUGUCUGGAGGGCAUCCUAGACGGUAACCGGAGCCCUGCUUGGAGACCGCCGUUCAAAUGUCCGACCUGUCGAAAGGAGACCGUGCACAACGGCAUCGCGAGCUUACAAGUCAAUUAUUCACUGCGUGGCAUCGUGGAGAAGUACAACAGGAUUCGAGUGAUGCCGAGGAUGUCUCUCUGCCGAGUUCACAGCGGACAGCCGCUCAACAUCUUCUGCGCCACGGACCUGAAGCUCAUCUGUGGCUUUUGCGCCACGACAGGCGAUCAUAAAGGACACAAGUUUUGCGCGCUGGAGGAGGCGUACGAACGCGAGAAGCUCGCGUUUGAGGAGUUGUUUCGUGUCGUGGAGGGCUGGAGGGGCGCGGAGGUACAUUCGUGCCUGGAAUCGUUAGAAGGAGCGAAGAGGAAAGCGCUGGAGAGGGUCUCGCGGGACGCGGAUCGAGUCUCAGAGUACUUUGACAAACUUUUGCGCACGCUGGAGCACAAACGGAGCGAGAUCCUCUCGGACUUGGAGACUCUGAAGCUCGCGGUUAUGCAGACCUUUGACCCCGAGAUCAACCAGCUCCGCUCGGCGCUCGAGGAGCAACAGCGCGCGCUCGGCAUCGCCGAUUCCUUCCGUUCGCUCUCGGACCCGCUCACUUUCCUCCAGCAGAUGCAAGACUUCAGGGAAAAGCUGCGCGUCAUUCGGGGAACGCCGCUGCCGUCGCGGACUGACGUGGACGUGGGGUUGCUUGGCCUGCAGAGCUUCGAUGUGAAGGAAUGGGACCGGGUACGUAUCGGAGAAGUGGAAAAGCUGUGCGCCCCCUACGAGAGCAGCACCUACCUGGCUUCGCUGCCCCCUGCUGCCGCUCCGCGCUACUCCCGCGUGCUGUGGAGAGUUGUUCUGGUUGUAUGUGCGUGUCUCCCAGCGCUGAACUUUCUCCCGUCGGACUGUCUCGCGCUGAGCUUCCAGGAUAAGGUGGUCGCACUCAGUGGCUUUUCUCUGCCCGGUCCAGGAGAGAUUGUGCGCUGGCUUGGGUUCUGCUGGAAAGAAGCGGAAGCGAUCUGCACGCUACUAACCGAGCUGUGUCGGAACUGUAUUUUGGACCUGAUAAACACAACAUCAGAUUUCCUCAGCUGAUUUUAUAACUCCAUUCAUUAGGUACUUUUUUAUGUCCUACAAUGUGCCAACCUAGAAAAUCCAGUAGAUUUGUAGUAUUGGGAAAAUUUAGUUUGUGUCUGUUUUUGAAUGUGUAACAAGAAUGGCUGAUUCAUAUAUACAGUCAGCAUUUGCGUGCUAGUAAAUUGCACUGAUUUUGUCUGUUGAUUUUAAAUGGAAAAUCAAGUGUGGGAUAACAUUCCCAAAUCUUACAUUUAAUAAAAUGCCUUGUUCACUUAAGUUA